AUUCACAAUUCUACUCGCAGCCCAGUUGAGCUGAGAAGGGGCGAGUGGAAGGGUGUACCAGAUAUUUUCUUCAAUCAAUAACAAAAAUUAUUUUUUUAGUAAAAUGAAAGUUGUGAACUCUCCCCAUAAGUGUGUAAUGCCUUGCUGACCGUGCAGGCAGUUAACAGUGUAUAAUAUAGUUAACAUACGAGUCUUCGACAGAAAAUAUCCUGUACAUCUCUGCCUGGGUUAUCCGAGAACAAGAAUUACUUCAACAUGUCAGACGAUGCAGAGUGGGUCGGAGUAGACUUUGAGUUCGGGAGGCCCAACACGCCCACUACAGCCCGCCCAGCAAUCAGACCCCGCCCACGGCCGCCUGCGCCGCCCUUGCCUGAACCCGCCACAGACCCGCCUCGCGAGCUUCCGGAAGUAACGGAAACUAUCAACUCUGGGAGCAAUAACGCCGCGGCGGUAGGCGGGUCUGUGGGCGGGGUUCUGGGCGUGGUGCUGGUGCUGCUGCUGGUGUAUAUGUUGGUGCUACGACGGAAGUUGAACAAGGCCAAGCACUCGGGGAAGGAGUCCAAGUACCAGCUGCGAGUCGAGGACGUGGCGCACAUCACCAACCUGGAUGAGACCUCUAACACCUAUGUCAACACCACUGACCUCCAGAAGCUCGUCGCCUCCGUCAGGGCCAAAGGCAAGUCCGCCGACAGGCUCCCGACGCCCCCGAGGCUCCUGCACCAGACACCUGCGCCCUACAGACCGCCUAACAAGCUAAACAAUGGUGCCCUUCCCGGCGCACCGUCUGCUGCUAAGGUAGAAAACAACGGAUUUCGGGGAGAUGGAGACGUUGUGGUGAUGAAAGCUCCUAUGCCGAUACCACACAGCUCCACCACCACACUACACACCACCACACCGGUGCAAGAACUAUCAGAGUCUGAUGCUAUUUACUGCAAUUUGCAGGACACACUGAUUCCCGCCCGCCUCCCUCCCCCAUCACGCGCCCUCACUUCCCCAGCACGUCCUAAGGUCGAGGCUCCCAGAAUAGCGCCGCCGCCACCUCCAGCUAAUCUGACGAACAGCUCCCCGUCAGCCGAGGACAAGGGCGACAAGGCAGGCACUGGGCCUACGUCACCUACUGUCAUCGCCAGACCUGCUCCUCCUCCGCCAACAGCACCCAAGACACAAUUGGUUGACGUCACCCAAAGCCCUACCCAAGCCCCGUGGGCCGAUGUCAUCUCAAGCCCUCCCAUAAUCCAGAAACCCACACCACCACCAGUAGCUUUGAAACCCAGUAAAGGUCCACAAGCUGAUGUUGUGGCUCCAACACUAACACCAACCAAGCCCACAACCGCCAAGCCCACACCUCCCACACUCCCCAAGCCUGGCGUUGUUAAAAAGGGCAAGGGCCUUCCGCCUCUGAAGAUGGCUCUCCUACCCUCACGCGGUAGGGCAUCACCUGACAACACUAGCACGCCAGACACCAGCAUCAUUGAACUGACACCAGACUCUACCCCUGCGGCUGACGAGAAUGUGGGGGCGGUUUCUAUUAGCGCCAAAAUCGCCUUCUUGGAAGGAAAGAUGAAGGCGUCUGGGACCCCCGCGAGAGGCCAGUUGCACAGGACGUGAGCAUCGAGGGUCCUCCAUACCAUUCCUAGACAGAGAUCUCCCUCGCAUGUGCCAGUAUUACGACACUUUGCCACACAGUGGAUUAAAAUGAAAAGCUGGACUUUCCCACUACAAAGGUGCCUACAAAGAACAAAUCCAACGGAAAAGACGAUGAGGUAAUUUGAAUUCACAGUAUUAAUUACGUGGUCAGUAAGGUUAAAUGUGGUUGUCCUGGCUUCAUAACAGGGGCGUACUGACUCACAUGUUCAAUUAGGGCCAAGGGUCAGUGACUUGCCGUCGCUACGAGGGCGCCCUGACUCACGUGGUCACUGAGGUGCUCCUGUCUUGGCGUCACCAGGUGUAGCACCCCAUCUCUCGACGCCCUGCACUGACCGACUUCCACCCUGACGCCAACAAACCUAAGAACGCUAUAACAAACUCAGCACCUCCUGGCAGGUACGGCGGGGCGACAGUGCGUCAGUAGUACCAUGCUUUUACGACACCAGCGCUGGUGUUCAAUGGCCCCCCCCCCCCUAGUGUUUUCUGUUGCUGGAGACACGAAGACAAACAGGACUCCGUGUGGUGGGAGCGGCGCUGCUGCUGCUCCAAGGGCGUGUUUAACUAUAGACCAUGUGCUACGAGUGGAGGAAAUCCACUCAUUAGCCCGUAGUAUUAUGCUAACUGUUGUAUAUAAAUGUGUAAAUGUGUCUAUACUUGUACAGUUUUUCCACCGCUUUCAGUGUUAUACCAGACUACAUGUGGGAAUGAACCAGUGGGAAUGAACUCCUAACAAUCAAAACAUAUUCCCGUCGAGUCCCAGUUAUGGAAUGUGUCAUUGUGUAAAUAUUAGUAGCAACUGUGAUUCGUUUCUGUUUAUUUAUUGAAGACGCAAGUGUCGACGGCUGUGCAUUGUACUGGUAAGACAAUGUGUCUUUGCUCAGACUUGCGGACUCGCUUGAACAAUGGGAUGAUUUAGCUAUUAAACAAGCUCAAGGAGGUAUUGCGUGCGGUGUUGCCUACUGGUGCAGACAUGAACGGCUGGUAUUGCAAGACCUGCAAAUACAAGGUCGUGACCGGAGUUAUUAACGCUAGAGUUAUGGACGGGCCAGGUGGGUCUCGGAGUCCAGUAUUGGCCUUGGGGAAGCGACAAAAACCCACCAGCUGGACGACCUCUAUUGGCUGCUCCCAGUGAGGCAUUAAACAGGGUGCCAACUGUGCAGAUUUAUACACGGGUGCCAACUGUGCAGAUUUAUACACGGGUGCCAACUGUGCAGAUUUAUACACGGGUGCCAACUGUGCAGCGUUAUACACGGAUGCCAAUGGUGUAGCAUUAUACAUGGGUACCAACAGUGCAUAACAGAGUAUACAUACGUGCCAACAGUGCAGAACAGAGUAUACAUACAUGCCAACAGUGCAGAACAGAGUAUACAUACGUGCCAACAGUGUAAUACAUUAUACGGGUGUCAAAACCGCUACACAUUGCAGGUGUGUCAACUCUACAUAAGAGUACACGCAUGCCAACUUAAUAUAUUAUUAUGUUGCAAAACCUGCACAUCUACGUACUACACAGGCUGCCAACAUUACACCCAAUCACACGGCUGCCAACACUACGCCCAAUCACCCGGCUGCCAACACUACACCCAAUCACACGGCUGCCAACACUACACCCAAUCACACGGCUGCCAACACUACACCCAAACCGACGGUGGUGCCCCCUGGUUUCCGGUUAAAGAGUCCGGGGGAAAAUGUCGUAUGCCAAACAAUUUUUCAGAAAAUCAUGCCCGGGUAAACCCAGCAUCCGGACAACACUCAGUCAUCAACAACAACAACAUCCCCCCCCUCCCCCCAACACAGUCAUCACCCCUCCCCACGUGGUCAUCACUACCCCCCCAACCAGUCAAGUAACGUUUCCUGUAAGGCCACUGUUCCCUGGAUGUGGCUGCAACACGAAGGAUGCUCCCGCGCUAAGCAAGUUAGGAAUGCUGCAGAGCUAGAGCGUUAUUGACUAAGGAAAAUUCCAUGGAUUGUUUUUAUAUUUUUGUUAACAAGCUUAGGUACACACACACAGUGAGCUGCUGCUGCCCCUAUUCUGUAUGAGGGAUUACGGAGUAAUUGAAAUUGAAAUAAGUUUAUUGAGGUAAAAUACACACAAAGGGAUGAGGUAGCUCAAGCUAUUCUCACCCCGUUCAGUACAUCGUGUUAAUACAUACAUAGACACACAUCACAAACAAUAAACAUAUUGCCAAACAUUCUGAGAGAACAAAUUUUCAAACAUUCUGAGAGAAGAGAACAAAUGUACUUAUUACGGAGUAAUAACGCAGCUGUGGGUUGGUCUAAUAUCCCGCCCGUGUCACAGGAUGGUUACUCAUACAUGGAAUCUGGGAAAAAAGAUGAGAUGCCACUCUAGUACCCUGCACUAGCAAACUCUGGGUACAGCACACAAAUAUCUAAAGUACUCUUGUGUAUGAAGUAGUUACAGAGCUCCGGUAGUGUUGGUACCAGAGUAUAAUUAGUGUCUUCACCCGAAGACAAUUUCACGUAACAAGGGGUAAUCAUUGCUGGCACGGACAAGUGUAAGACAAUUAAUCUUUGUAACAGGAGUUGUCUUAAGUAUAUUUUCUGAUCAUUGAAGACAGUGUAAAAAGGUAUUAGCUGUAUUGACUAUACAGUUGUACCGAGUACACAGUUAUGCAUUACCGAAAGUUUGCAUAAUGUUGUAGCCUAAGUGAGAGUAUUUUCCCUGCGUUACAAAGCGUUACAGCUGUAAUCUGGAACUUAUCUCAUUUAUUACGGCGUUUGUCAUCCGUUACGGAACCUCCCAUCCAUCCAGUCUCCGUAAUUUUGAAAGAAAAUCACUCAGAUUACCAGUCGGUGUUGCCAAUCUGGGUUGUGACUGGGUCCGCUGGGAUGACCUAUCUGUACACACUUCACCCAUGGGCUCCAGGAUAAACCAUUGCACAAAGCAUUCUGGUUUAGUGUUCAUAACAGGGCUGAGUCGGUUGUGUGAGAGUUGACUGGAUGAAUAUGUUUAGCAAAAUAUGAGAAAACAUUAAUGGCGAAAGUUAUUUGUGUGUGUGUGUGUGU